AUGCCGCCCACUAUCAUCAAACCCGAUAUUGAACAUUUUGUCCCGGUUAAACCGACGUCUGAGCCUUUGGAAUACGCUGAGUUAGUCACAUUAGACCUAGCCACGUACGCCCAUGGACCCGACGCCCGUAAAAAGCUUGCUGACCAGCUGAAUCAUGCCAUGCGAACACAAGGCUUCUUCAUGGUGGUCAACCACGGGAUCUCAAUCCAGCAGAUCGAUCGACAAGUAGAUAUCGGCUAUCAUGUUCUCACCAAGACCCCAUUGGAGGAGAAGCAGCGCCUAGAGGGGAGGAUGAAACAGGAGGGCAGCUACCAGGGCUUCAAACUCCGCAACUAUUGGCAGAUUGAUCAGGGCGUCAAGGAUCAGAUUGAGCAGUAUAAUUGGAAUCGCGAUCUCACGCUGCGUGAACACCCUUCCACCUUUGUCCCCUUCUUGGACGAGGUACAGGAGUUGAACGAAUUCGUUCACAAGGAGAUCCUAUUUCGACUGCUGACCCUUUUCGCCAUCUCUCUCGAUCUGCCGGAGGAUUUCUUCAUCAACCUUCAUAAGUACGAGAUCCAUGACGACUCUUGGUUCCGAUACAUGAUGUACUUCCACAGCCACAAGCCAGAGGAGAUGGAGAAGACGGGCGGGGUGUGGCUUAAGGGCCACGGAGACUUUGGCUCCGUCACCAUGCUGUUCAGCCAGCCAAUGGCCUCGCUCCAGCUCAUGGACCAUUUCACCGGCAAGUGGCGGUGGGUGCCCUACGUGCCCGGUGCCAUCAUCGUUAAUGCUGGCGAAAUGAUGGAGUGGUGGACUGGUGGGUACUUCAAGGCCACGAUUCACCGCGUGUGCCAGCCACCUCCCGAUCAACGCAAUCAGGACCGGUGCGGACUGUUUUACUUUGUCGUUCCCAACGACGAGGUCAAGAUAAACACCCUUCUGGAGGAGUCGAGUGUGCUUCGGGAGGCCGGCGUGCCGAGAAAAUUCGAACCUGGUAUGGAGCCAACCUCAAAGCUGUACAGGUCUGCUCGCAUCGGCGCCUAUGGGCAGACAGCUGUUUUCAAGGGGAAAGGCACGGGCAUACAGGAGGAGACCAUUGCGGGUAUCAAAUUGAAGCACUACAAUUGA